UCCGGUAAAAAUAAACUAGGCACUUCCUUUUCCUGUACAGCCAACAUGGCGGAUAAAACUAAGAAGAAAGAGAAGAAGCAGAAUGUUAUGCGAGAGCUGAGAAUUCAGAAACUGUGCCUCAACAUUUGUGUUGGCGAGUCUGGUGACAGACUGACACGAGCCUCUAAGGUGUUGGAACAGUUAACUGGCCAACAGCCUGUCUUCUCUAAAGCCCGCUACACUGUCAGAUCUUUUGGUAUCAGAAGAAACGAAAAGAUUGCUGUACAUUGCACUGUGAGAGGAGCUAAAGCAGAGGAAAUUCUGGAGAGAGGACUCAAAGUGCGGGAAUACGAGUUGAAAAAGAACAACUUUUCAUGCACCGGAAACUUUGGGUUCGGUAUCCAGGAACACAUUGAUUUGGGAAUCAAAUACGACCCCUCCAUUGGGAUUUACGGAAUGGACUUCUAUGUCGUGCUAAGUCGACCAGGUUUCAACAUUGCAUACAGGCGGCAAAGAAAGAGUAAGAUAGGUGUACAACAUAAGAUUUCAAAGGAGGAAGCCAUGAAAUGGUUCCAGCAGAAGUAUGAUGGUAUCAUUCUUCCUGGAAAGUAAAGACUGUAUAAAUUAAAAAUAAACCCUGGUCGAAGGA